AUGAUGCUGUCACUCGUUUAUGCGUCUUUACUCCUUGCUGCUGGCAGCAAUGCAUCUCCAUGUAAACUGCACUCUGGAAACUGGACCUCGUCUUCAACAACAGUAGCAAAAGCUGCUCUCCAUCGUGAUGGUCAUGGCAGUGCAGCCGUCAAUCAGAACCAGAAGCUUGGCACUCAAGCCAACGCCGGGCUGAACCUGCCUUUGCCCUAUUCUCAGGAAUCGCCUGCGCCGUCUAGCACCAGCGCAAACAAUGCUGGUCCGAGUGUUGCUGGCAGCUCCGACACAUCUGGCACGUCUGACACCUCUGCCUCCCUAACUCCCGCGAGUGGAAGCUGUCCGCAGGGUUUCCUCAACACCGUGUUCAACACCAAUGCCGGCCAAAGUUCUGGCUUCCCCACCGCUACUUGGAAUACUCUCACAGAAUACGGAAUAAACAACUGGAGUGCGUUACGCUUGCAGCUCCAAAAGACCUUCCUGCUUACUGACAAACCUUUCCAUCUAGUCGGCUUUUCCCUCGAUACUCUCGACAAGCAAGCCGAUUACGACCUCUCCGCCACUCAAGCAUCCCAGCUCAGCGGUGCCUUCAAUAAAGCUCAGAUACCCAUUGUCAUGGACCACACCUACAUACAAGACGCUGUCGGAAUGCUAGCAAACAACCCGCCACUAUAUCUCGAACUCUACAACGAGCCCGACUUCUCUUUCGAAGGCCUGACACUCACCGAAGAGCCUGCUCCCUCUGCUUCAGACCUAAAAACCCUCCUCGACACACCACACCCAAACACGAAAUUCAUCUCGCCAGCCCUUAUGGAUGCCAAUGGUCCCUGGCUCGGCGAAUUCUUUCAGGCCUGCAAUGGCUGCAUCGAUGACUUCCACGCUAUCGCCCUGCACGUAUAUAAUCCCGAUCCCCAAGGCGUCCUGGACCAGAUUACACAAUUAUACGGUACGUGGAACAAGACCAUCUGGAUCACGGAACUUUCGCCUGCUACCGCCGGCUGCGACUUAAAUACGGCUACAAUGGCCACCUACAUCAGUACAUUGAUUCCCGAAAUCCUGAAGCUCGGUUACGUCGAGAAGAUCUUCUGGAAUAGUGGGGAAAGUGACAGCACGACUAUCAACCAAGCCCCUGCGGCGUGCAGCCCGAGUUUGACCAAUUCAGAUGGGUCGUUCACGCCGGCGUUGCAGGCUCUGGGGGCUGCGUGUGGAAUCAAUCCUGGCACCGCGACGUCGUAA